AUGGGUUCUGCAGCAUUAGACCUGAGCAAGACCGAGGCGUUCCUAAAGGGCGUGCGCAUCCCCUUUGUCAGCCCGUCAGCGACAGAGUUCGGAGUGCUAAGCAAGACUUUUAUGCACUCCCCGGAACAGCCGACCGGCAUCGCGCAGCCGGGGACAGCGGAGGAAGUGGCGACCAUCAUUAAACACUGCAUUGCCGAGAAGGUUCCCUUUGUCGUCCGUACCGGGGGUCAUGAUGUGACCAAGUCGACACUUGUGGCCAACGUCCUCUCCAUCAACCUCCGCAAGCUCGACCAUGUCCAAGUCAGCGCCGAUAAGAAAACUGCCAGGGUGGGCGGUGGUAUUCUGUCUGGCGCCUUACUGGAAGCCCUCGCUCCGCACGGCCUGGAAGUUCCAACAGCCGCGGUGCCGUCGGUGGGCUGGCUCAGUUGCGCGACUAUGGCAGGGUACACUCUUAUGUCUCCGUCCAUGGGCCUUUGCUGCGAUAGCCUUCUCGGUGCCAAAGUGGUUGAUGCCAAGGGUGAGAUUGUGGAGGCUAGCGAAAGGAUGAUGAAGGGCAUCCGUGGCGGCGGUGGCAACUUUGGUGUCAUCGUCGAGUUCACAGUCAAGGUGCACCCGCUGUUGGAGGCCCAGUCCGGAGCGAUCAUGUACGAGAGCUCGGACCCGCAACGCAGCUGGUCGUCGUUUUUGACCAAGUUCCAGGAGCUCAUGACCAAGGAGAAGAUGCCGCAUUGUCUGUCGAUUCUGCCAUCGCUCAUCGCUGUGCCCAACAUGGGACCAGCCGUUUUUGCCGUCUUCUACUGGAGGGGCGCUCGCGAUGAUGCCUUCCAGUAUUGGCUGAAGAAGGCAGGCUCUCUCGGUCAAGCCGUCGUGGAUCUCGACAAGGCCGUCGUGACACAGUCGGCACUCACGUUCACCAAGGGCUUUGAAGCCCUGCUGCCGCCCAAGAUGUACGGGGCGAUCCACAGCAGCUGUGGCUCCGAGCUCACGCCGGAGGCCAUCGAGGUGUUCGGCAAGUACGGGGCGGCAAUGCCCCCGGCAGGAGGGUCGUCCAUCAACUUCCAUGUCCUUCGCGAAGGGACCCCUUCCUGUGGCAAGCCCAGUGACUUUCCGGACUCGGUCUUCGGCGCUCGCAGGCCGCAUUGGAUGUGCGAGUUCAUUGGCGGCUCCGGCGCUGGCGAGGAGCAAGGUGCCGAAGCAGCACAAUGGGCCAAGGAAAUUCGAGAUGCUCUUGCCAAGACAGGCGCGGUUACAAAGUUUGGGUACGCUGCCACGACGAGCAAGGAGUUCGCUGUAGUGGAGGACGUGUUUGGCGAGAACGCCGCGGAGCUUAGGGCUCUGAAGAAGGAGUUUGACCCGGACAACGUGUUCCGAUGCACAGUCCCCCUGAUGGACUGA